AUGGCCUGGGACGACAGCGAGGACGACUGGGAGGCGGCGGACCUGUCCCUGCCGCAGAAGGGCGAGGAGGACAAGGCAGAGUGGUCCGACGAGGAGGCGCACGACCCGGACAAGGCGGAGCCGGCGAGCGUGCCGGCAGAGGAGGCGGCGCGGAUGGCGGCGCUGCGGGAGAGGGCGGGCGUCUCGACCGAGAUCGACCCGAGCCUCACCGGCGAAGCGCGCGAGCGCGCGCUGAGGAAGCUGCAGCAGGAGGCGUCCGACUUUGACAACGCGGCGGCGGCGUUCGGCCUCGACAUGGCGGAGACGAGUCCGUCCGAGGCGGUGCGGCCGGCGCCAAAGGUUGGCGACCUGGGCGCGGACUUUGUGGCGAAGAGCGAUAAGGACUACGAAAAGCUGGCCGAGUCGCUGGCGGAGCGGUUGCGCCCGUACGAGGGCAAGACCGGCCACAUGAGCGUGCUCAAGUGCCUGCUGCGCAAGGCGGCAGCGGGCAUGGUCAAGGCGGACCGCGACAAGGACAAGAAGGGCAAGAAGACCAAGGGCAAGAUCAAGAUCGCCAUGGGCAAGGACGUGGACAACGACUUUGGAGGGCUCGAGGGCGAUGGCGGAGGCGGGGGCUGGCGGGCGAACGACGAUUUCGAUUUCAUGUAG